AUGUUAUCACACAAAUCUAUAGGAAUUUUGGGAGGUGGAAUCUCUGGACUAUCUACUGCUUGGUAUCUUUCUUAUUUACUUCACCCAUCCACCAAAAUAACUAUCCUUGAGUCAUCUAAUAGACUUGGGGGUCUACUUAGUACAAAAAAAAUUGAUUUAUCUCAAGGAACAAUAUAUUUUGAAGAAGGCCCAAGAUCUCUUAGACCUACUGGAGUUUCAGGGUAUAUAACUCUUAAUAUGGUAAAGAAAUUAAAUUUAAUUGAUGAAAUGAUUCUUAUACCAAAAAAUUCACCAUUAAUUAAAAAUAAAUUUAUAUAUUUUCAAAAUCAAUUAAACGCUCUUCCUAAUUCAUUACUAUCACUAUUUCUACCAAAAACAUCACUUUUUCGCUCACUUCUUUGGGCAAUAAUAUGUGAACCAUUUAAACAAACUAGAAAUAAAAAUAUUACAGACGAAUCGAUUUCUAGUUUUAUAUCAAGAAGAUUUAAUACAUCAGUUUCCAAAAAUUUAGCUAGUGCUCUUAUACACGGAAUAUAUUCAGGCGACAUCGAUGAUUUAAGCGCUAGAUCUGUUUUACCAUAUUUCUGGAAAUACGAAGAACUUUAUGGCAGCAUUUUAAAAGGAAUUUUAUUUGAUAGCAUUUCUCUAAAUAAGAAUAAAGAAAACGUAAAAUCAUCUAUUGAAAAAGAGUCCAAAGAUAUCAUAGCAAAAACAAAAAAUACAUAUAUCUAUUCAUUUAAAAACGGACUAAACACACUUAGUAAUACUAUAUCUAAUGAUCUUUUUUCAAAAAAUAAUGUUCAUAUAUAUUUUAAUUCAAAAGUUCAAUCACUUGAGUUUAAGAAUAUAUUCAAAGUAAAAACAAAUACAUCAGAUUUUUUUUUUGACCAUUUAAUAUCAGCAUUACCAAUACAAGUUAUUACAGAAAUUUUUAAUCCUUUUAAAAAACUAACAAAAAGCUUCUCAAAUAAUACUGUUUUAGUGGUAAAUCUUUUUUUCGACAAUAAAAACCUUUUACCCAUUAAAGGUUUUGGAUAUCUUAUUCCAAAGUCAGUUAGUGAAAAGGAAAACCCGGAAAAUGCUUUAGGUGUUAUAUUUGAUAGUAAUAGUUUUCCUGAAUUAGACACAUACAAAGGAACCAAGAUAACAGUAAUGAUAGGAGGAAGUUUAUGGAAAUAUAAAACCACAUUUCCUAAAGAAAACGAAUUUGCAGAAUUAGCACAGAACGUUAUUUCUAGACACUUAGGAAUAAAAGAUACACCUAUUAUUAUUAACUAUAAACUCCAGAAGGAAUGUAUACCACAAUACAAUGUCGGGCAUUACAAAGAUCUUCAAAGUAUUCAUAAUUAUCUUUAUAAUACAUACCAAGGUCGUUUCUCUGUUGUUGGAAAUUUCUAUGGAGGCAUUGGUGUCAGUGACUGUAUAAAAAAUGCAUAUUUCCUUACAAAAAGAUUAAAAGAAAGAGGGAGGGCCACAGGACUAGAAUCCAUAGAACUAAAUUAA